AUGCAGACGGCAGGCACUCUCAACAUUACCAAGACCAACUGCGGCGCGCCGAUCCGCGACAAGUCGCAGGUAUACAGCGACACGGCCGCCGCAUUCAGCAUCCUCGCGGCCGUCUUCAUCGUCCAGCGAUUCGCCUACAAGAUUUAUCAGAAACUCGCCAUCUGCCUAGACGACUGGUUCGCUCUUCUGACGAUGAUCAUUGCGGUGCCGGGGGCCAUCAUCAACGCACAUUAUGUACCCGCGAACGGACUCGGCCGUGACAUAUGGACCCUCACGCCGCAGCAAAUCACAACCUUCCUCAAGCUUUUCUACUUCCAGGAGAUCAUCUACGUCAUCGAAGUCUCGGUGUUGAAGCUGUCCUUUUUGUUCUUUUAUCGACGCAUAUUUCCUGGCACAACAAUACGCUGGUUGGUAUGGGGCACGAUUGCCUGUAAUACUCUCGUCGGUGCCGUUUUCACUUUAGUUUGCAUCUUCCAAUGCCGCCCGAUUCAAUAUUUCUGGGAGCAAUGGGAUCAGGAGCACCGUGGGCAGUGCCUCAACAUCAACGCAAUCGGCUGGUCGAGCGCGGCGAUAAGCAUUGCGCUGGAUGUCUGGAUGCUCGCCCUUCCGCUAUGGCAGAUCAGAACGCUUCGCUUGGAUUGGAAGAAGAAGAUUGGCGUGGGACUGAUGUUUGGCACGGGAGCCUUUAUUACCAUCGUGAGCAUACUGAGGCUCAGAUCGCUGCUCGCGUUUCGAUCAGACUCGAUGAACCCCACUUGGGAGUUCUUUGAGGUCGGUCUCUGGUCCGCCGUGGAGAUAUGCAUUGGCAUCGUGUGCGCUUGCUUGCCCUCCCUCCGACUCCUGCUCGUCCACGCGUUCCCGAAACAGUUUGGCACCUCAGCGAGGCGUGACACGGCAAGGUACAUACACAUGUAUGAUGCGGGUUCACGACUGGGUUCUCGCCCGAGACAGAAGCAUGCGGACGACACGGAUGCCUUGCACGCACAAACCUUCAAAGGCGUGGGUGACCGUGAUGCGUUCAAGCUCGUGGUCACUCGCCAUCUGGGCGGCCUGGAUCCUGACGCAAACAAGUAA